AUGUCAUCAUUAACACUCAGAGAUAAACAAGAUUCAAGAAAGAAGGAUUUCAAAAAGGGAAUUGAUACUGAUUCAGCCCGUCGUAAACGUGAAGAGAUUACUAGCAGUAUUCGUAAAUCCGCCCGUGAUGAAGCACUCCAAAAGAAACGUAAUCUCGUUGCCACUACUACCACCCUAUCCACCUCUGGUUCUGUCUCUCAACAAGAUGAAAUCGCUGUCCCUGCCGAUAUUCAAGCUCAAUUUGAUGAGUUUGAAAAGAAGACAAUCGAAGUCAAGUUAAAAGCAUUACCAGAACUUACUGCUGCAUUAAACUCCAAUGAUCAAGCUAUCGUAUUCUCUGCACUUGUUCAAUUUAGAAAAUUAUUAUGUCUUGAAAAAAAUCCACCAAUUGAUGAAGUUAUAUCAUGUGGAGUGAUUCCAAGAUUUAAUCAACUUUUAUCAAAUAGUGGAGGAUAUACAAAGGUACAAUUUGAAGCAGCCUGGGCAUUGACCAAUAUAGUGUCUGGAAGUAACAACCAAACCGAGGCUGUCGUUUCAAGUGGUUCCAUUCCCAUCUUUAUCAGUUUGUUGGCAUCGUCGUCAGAGGAGGUACAAGAACAAUGCACUUGGGCAUUGGGUAAUGUUGCCGGUGACUCUAUUCAAGGUCGUGAUAUGGUGCUUCGUCUAGGUGCUUUGCCCGCUCUCCUCAAGAUUGCCUCUACUCCCAAUAUCUCACGUCCAACACUCCUCCAAAAUGUCGUGUGGACCGUAUCCAACCUCUGCCGUGGUAACAAGCCACACCCAGACUUUUCGUUGGUCUCCCCAGCCAUCCCAGUCCUCGCCAACCUCUUCAAGUCUGAAGAUGUGUCUGACGAGUUGUUGGCCGACCUCUGCUGGGCCUUCUCCUACUUGUCAGACGGCGAGAACUUUAAGAUCCAAGCUGUUGUCAAUGCCGGCGCCGUGCCAUCACUCGUACACCUCCUCGCACAUCCCAAGAGUUUGGUCUACACCCCUGCACUCCGUGCCAUCGGUAAUAUCGUGACUGGUGAUGCCAGCCAGACCCAAGUAGCCAUUGAAGCAGGUGCCAUCUCGUUGCUCGGUGACUUGUUGACCAACCAACGUCGUUCGAUUAGAAAGGAGACCUGUUGGACCCUCUCCAACAUUACUGCUGGCAACAGUCCACAAAUCGAAUCGGUCUUUUCAAACAAACGUAUCGUUGCCUUGCUCGUCAACAUCUUGUUGAAUGGUGAGAAUGAAGUCAAGCGUGAAGCAUGUUGGGCAUUGUCCAACGCCACCAACGGUACUGCCAAACACAUUGCUACAAUGGUCAACGAAGGUGUACUCAAGCCACUCUGUGAAACCGUCCAAUCCAACGAUGUCACCCUUGUCAAGGUGUCACUCGAAGCACUCGGUAAUAUCCUCCACCAAGGUAACAUCAUUGCCAGCAAGAGUGGUGUCAACCCAUACACACUCAUGAUUGAAGAGUAUGGUGGUGACCAAGCCUUUAUCGAACUCCAAUCACACAAGAACCCAGAUAUCUACCAAAAGGCCUCUCAACUCUUGGAACAAUAUUUUGAUUGUGACGACGAAUAUGAAAAUGAAAAUGAUGAACCAAAUAGUGCCUUUUCUUUUCCAUCCUCAAAUAGAAAUGUUCAAAUUUCCCUCUAA